AUGGCAGAUGAUAAAAGAGACACCCGCAGCACACCUGCGACCAAGGCCCAAGACCGCGUAGGCCAGAUAUCUUCUCACCUCUCGGCCUCGUCGUCUUCCACUGCCACCAGAGGAGACAGUGUCGAGUCGGCGCAAAAAGCCAACAGCUCAAGGCGUCGCCGGAGAAAGUCUGCCGAAAAUGGCCCACCGGCAGACUACAGCGACAUCCUCUCGCAAAUCAGCACCCUGCGCACCAUGGCCGCCACUCCGGAGCCCACCCGGCCGGGCUAUGCGCGCCAGAAACAGGCAGGCAAACUCUGGGUGCGAGAACGAGUGGAGCAAAUGUUUGAUCGGGGCAGCGUACGGGAGAUUGGCAGCGUGAGCGGCACCGUCGAGUGGCGGACCAAGAAGCGUGACGCUUCCGAGGAUGCCAAGGAUACCAGCAGCACACGGCCGGAUGCCGAGGACCCAGAAUCCUUUGUGCCCAGCAACAAUGUCCAGGGUCUUGCUCUCGUGGGUGGGAGAAAGGUCUGCUUCACAGCCGACGAUUAUUCACUGCGGGCGGGCCAUGCCGACGGUGCGCUUUGGGAAAAGACUAUAUACAUGGAAAAGCUCUGUUUUCAUCUGCGGAUCCCCAUUGUAAAGCUUGUCGACGGUUCUUCGGGUGGAGGAUCAGUCACCAGCAUACGCACAAACGGCUACUCCUAUGUCCCUCCGCUCAACUCAUUUGACGUGGUUGUCGCACAGCUGAACGCGGGCAUUCCGAAUCUCGGAGCCGUGCUGGGACCGGCCAUUGGUCUCGGAGCGGCUCGCGUGGUAUCGUGUCACUUUUCCGUCAUGGCCGGAGACAUUGGUUCCCUCUUCAACGCAGGGCCCAAGGUUGUCGCCGGGGCGACCUUUGAAGAGGGUCUGAGCCUGCAGGACUUGGGCGGCCCAGACAUGCACGUACGCAACGGAACCAUUGACAAUUAUGCUGCCAAUGAAAAGGACGCCUUUAGACAGCUCAGGACGGUGCUGUCAUACCUGCCCAACAACGGUGCCUCGCUUCCUCCCUGUCUGACCUCGGAUGAUCCGCGCUCCCGGACGGACGAGUUGCUCAGAAGCAUCAUUCCCAGGAAGAAGGAGCGCAUGUACGACCCGCGCAAGAUUAUCAGUACGAUUGUGGACAAGUCGUCCUUUUUCGAGAUUGGAGCCCUUUGGGGCACCACGGCCAUUGUGGGUUUGGCGCGACUCGGAGGACAGCCAGUGGGCAUCAUUGCCAACAAUUGCGAGGUGAAUGCUGGCGCGUUGGACGCGGCAGGCUCACAAAAGAUGGCCAAGCAUCUCAAGUUCUGCGAUGUGUUUAAUCUCCCCGUGGUCCAGUUUGUCGACAUUCCGGGUUAUGCCAUUGGAACGGUCGCGGAAAGGACGGCGACAAUGAGACAUGGCGUCUCUCUUGUGACUGCCUACUAUAGCACAACGAUGCCUAUUUUCAAUGUCAUUUUGCGCAAGGUAUAUGGUGUAGCGGGCGGAGCAAUGAUGGAUUGCCGCGAUCCUCGGAUGAGAGUGGCCUGGCCGAGUGGCGACUGGGGCUCCUUGCCGUUGGACGGAGGGAUAGAGGUCGGCCACAGCGCAGAACUCAAGCGGGCAUACCAAAAAGGUGUACAGGAAGGUGGCGAGGAAGAGGGAAAUAGGCAGAAGCAAGCGCUCUACAAUGACCUCGAGCGCGAAUAUAGGCGAUUCAUGAAUCCGGUUCGAACCGCCAACGCCUUUGGAAUCGAGGAGAUUAUUGACCCGGCCAACACUCGCCCGCUACUUUGUCAAUGGGUCAGCCAUGUGUACGAGGAGCUGUUGCCCAUUAGGCUCAGGGAAAGGGACACUGGGAAGAUAUGCCCAAGGUUCUCGUAA